AUGGAGUUUUACCUCGAAGAAGGGAAACAACAAAACCCUAAUUGCUCGACUUUGAUUCUGCCGGCAUUAUCGAUAGGAAACGUGGGGCAGCUCGCCGUGGAUCUGUUAAUCUCGUCUCUUAAAGCUGAGAAAAUCGGCUAUUUGGACGAUCCCAACGUACUUCCUUGUGUUGGAAACGACGCUUAUUCCCCGUCGCCUCUUGGGAAGUUAGCUCUCCCACUCGAAGUGUAUGAAUCUUCUUCGAGUGCAUUGACACUCGUGCAACAGCGGUCUCCAGUUAUUAAGGGUAUGAUGAUGGAAUAUGCUAAGAACAUGGCGAAUUUUGCAGCUGAAAAUGGGAAGAAGCACGUCAUCGUACUCUCCAGCUUGGAUUUUGGUCGAUGGAAAAACAUCAAUAUGUCUAGCGGCUUGCAGAUAUACUACUUAUCUAGUUCCAGUGUGGAUGGGGUCGAUGCUGACUGUGAACGACUUGGAUGGAAUAGACUUCAAGGUUACAAUCCUGAUCAAAGAGCAUGGAAAUAUCUCGAUAUGUUAGUGGCAGAUGGGUUCACCCCUGAUGAAGAUUUUCCUUCUGAAGAACUUGGAGAUGAAGAUUAUUAUCCAAGUUUGCCCUUUGCUGCACUCUUUUCCUGCUUUAAGGCUAAAGGUCUAAAAGUUACUUGCGUACUGUGUUUCUGCUCUGAGGGAGACAACAUACCUGAAGCUUUCUCUAUGGCUGAGGCAGCAAGCAUACUUACUGGACUUAGCAAUAAGGAGUUCCUAGGCACUGGUUCCGAUAAGUGGAUUGCGCCAUUCUCCUGGCAGAGUGUGUAUGGGCCCCCAGCAGAUAUGACUCUUUUCUAG